UACUCCAAGCACUAUGAUCCUCUGUUGGACGUGGCAGUCACCUCCUAGGACAACACCUUACUGUCAGUGGCAGUGAUGGCAGAGAAAUACACUGAAGUACAGAAGUCAGGAGUCCAGGCAAGGCCACAACGCUAUUGAGGUAUUCUGAUAGCCAUCGGGUUAGGAAUUGCUGUCCGACAAUGAGGCCUAUGUCCGACUAGGGAGGCAGUGAAGAAAGCAAUCGGGAUGAGUAAGGACACCUCGGCUCGAAAUGGACCCCAACUACUCCCACCCCACUGGUGGCUCCUGCACCUGUGCUGGCUCCUGCAAAUGCAAAGAGUGCAAAUGCACCUCCUGCAAGAAGAGCUGCUGUUCCUGCUGUCCUGCGGGUUGUGCCAACUGUGCCCAGGGCGGCAUCUGCAACGGGGUGUCAGACAAGUGCAGCUGCUGUGCCUGACGCGGGGGAGAGCCUGCUCCCCAUGAGAACAGAGCAGCGUGAAUCAGCCUGUAUUGUAAGAAUAUUUUAGUGCACACCAACCUGUUUUCUACAUUACAGUUUGUAUGAAAUAGUGAAUCAUAAUAAAUGUUGUUGACUAUAAAAAAAAAAAAAGAGUAAGGACAUUGUGAUCUUGCAAUUUUCACCAGCAAAGUCUGUGACAGCAAUGUGUUGGGGUUCUACUUAAAUAAAUGUGAGCAUUUUAAUCAAAAUUAUACUGACCUUGAUCAAUUUUCAUAGGGAAAGGAUAUUUUGAAUAUAGUCUAUUAUGACAUUUUAAUCCCUUUAUCUGUUUAUUCUUCAUUGCCAUUAAAGAUAGUUAAUUUUC